AUGACAAAGCAGUGGCCGGAGCCGAAUCUCUUGGCACCACCCGCUUUGACGCACCUUGGAGAAAAUUACGACAAUCAACUUGACUUAUGCAGAAAUGUGGAGCCAAGCUUCCCUCCCAGCGGUGUAGCGCGGAGCGCACCAAGCCGAAACGCCGGGCAUUGUGGCCCGGCUCCAAUGUCUCCACAGCAGCUGCUGAUGCGCCCAGAAAAGUGCUCCAGCACAAAAAUUAAUAUGGAUAAACCGGCCUCAACAACAAGCAUGGCGCACAAUGCUCAUGCUCAAAACAACUUAACUGCGGAGAGUUUAUCCAGAAAUACAUGGACGAGCAGUGACAAGGAGGAGAAACGCACCGGUGGUGGAAAGAAGAAGAACUACCAGCGUUAUCCAAAACCACCCUACUCCUACCUCGCAAUGAUCGCCAUGGUCAUCCAGCGCUCCCCAGAGAAGAAGCUGACAUUAUCUGAGAUCUUAAAGGAGAUCAGCAGCCUCUUUCCAUUUUUCAAAGGGAACUACAAAGGUUGGAGGGAUUCUGUGAGACACAAUCUCUCUUCCUAUGACUGCUUUGUUAAGGUGUUGAAGGAUCCUGGUAAACCUCAGGGAAAAGGGAACUUCUGGGCGGUUGAGUUAAGCCGUGUACCCCUGGAACUCCUGAAAAGGCAGAACACGGCCGUGUCACGCCAGGAUGAGACAAUCUUUGCUCAGGAUCUGGCCCCUUACAUCCUUCAAGGCAACCAGCAGGAAUCUGAGCCGCCCCCUCCACCUAUGACCUCCCUCCCUCCCAUGCCAACAGAAAAUCCUUCACAUGGGCAAGACGACUUUUUCCGACCAAAGUUGGACUCAUCCUUUGCCAUCGACUCGCUGCUACACAGCCUACAACCGGCCUUGGGGCCAGGGGAUGCAGACAGCGUUUCUACCGACUGCUGGGGGGAAGUGGACCGUGUUCGGCCUCUGCCCGCUGCACGACCUCCUUACGCCUCCUCUGCUCGCAGCGCCUCUGCCAGCUCUGCAAGCCCCGCUUCCACCUCCUCGUCCUCCUCCGAUGAAGAAUGGAAAGAUUUUCCCCACCUGGGGAAGCGCCUUCCCCCAGAAGGUGAAACAGGGUCAGGGGGUUACGAGGAUUGCAGGCCACCAUCGAACAAAUCUGCCAGAAGGGACACUGUUGCACCGCCAUGGGAGCUCCCUACCUCCUAUGCUAAAUAUGCUCCCCCCAAUGCUGUGGCUCCACCAAGCAUGCGCUUUAAUGGAGGUCCCUUAAUGCCACUGCAUGGUGGACUGCCUCUUUAUGGCUACAGUAGCUCACCUGUGACUCACAGCCACUUCUUAAGCCACACCUACUGGCCCAUCAUUCCCAGCAGCCGGGUGGCGGUCCAAGCCCCCCAGCUCAUUAUGGACCUGGACAACUUGUUGCAGACUGUACCUCCAAACAAGAGUGUGUUUGAUGUUUUGGUUCAUACUAGUCAGAAUUCAAACCAUCAACCGCAAAGUCAGUUCUCCUUGCAGAGUAGGGCGCCUCUAAACAGGUUCCAUCCGUAUUAA